GCGCGCGCUCGCUUCUAGUGAAAAUGGGUUUUUAGCACACCUCUGACGUCAUCUGGUCAGCAUAUUGCCUCUAAUCAGAAGGCUGAAGUAAAAGCGCACUUGGGGAUGGAGAAAGCGACAGCCUAAAGAAGCGCAAUUACUGCACAGGGGGAGAAAUUACACCAGCUGGGAUUCAGUGUUCUCUCCGUGCACCGGGUUCUUUUUUUUUUUUUUCUUUUUUUUUAAGGGACGUAUCGUUUAUCAUGUCUGCGAAGGAAAGACUCAAAAGCAAGAUGACCAAAGACAGCGUUACCUUGCUGCCCUGCUUUUAUUUCGUGGAGCUCCCAAUUCUGGUGUCCUCUGUGGUCAGCUUAUACUUCUUGGAGCUGACAGAUAUUUUUAAGCCAGUGCGUUCAGGCUACAGCUGCAAUGACCGCAGUCUCAGCAUGCCUUACAUUGAGCCCACAAAGGAGGUCAUCCCCUUCCUCAUGCUCUUCAGUCUGGCUUUUGCCGGGCCAGCGGUGACGAUUAUGAUUGGGGAAGGGAUCCUGUACUGCUGCUUGGCCAGAAGAAACAUCGGCAUCAAAACAGAGGCUAACAUAAAUGCCGCCGGCUGCAAUUUCAACUCUUACAUCCGAAGAGCUGUGAGGUUUGUGGGGGUCCAUGUUUUUGGCCUGUGCAUCACCGCACUCAUCACAGAUAUUAUCCAGCUGGCCACAGGAUACCAUGCCCCCUACUUCCUAACUGUGUGCAAGCCCAACUACACCAGCCUCAACACUUCGUGUGAUGAAAACUCUUUCAUUGUGGAUGACAUCUGCUCUGGGCCUGAUCCAGCAGCAAUCAACUCUGGCAGGAAGUCCUUCCCAUCUCAGCACGCCACUCUGGCAGCUUUUGCGGCUGUGUACAUCUCCAUGUACUUUAAUGCCACUCUGACUGACUCAACUAAGCUCCUGAAGCCACUCCUGGUGUUUUCCUUCAUCAUCUGUGGCAUUAUCUGUGGUCUGACUCGCAUCAUUCAGUUCAAGAACCAUGCUGUGGAUGUCUACUGUGGCUUUCUCAUCGGAGGGGGCAUAGCCGUCUACCUGGGUCUGUAUGCAGUUGGAAACUUUAAACCUAGUGAAGACACAUCUCUAAAGACACAUGUACAUCCUCCUCUCCGGCAACCACAACCACCGCAACCUCCACCACAGCCCCAGCCAGUGGUGCCUCCACCUGCCAUGCGGGAGCCUCUGAGACCUCUACCAAACUUGAACACAGAUCCACCACGCUUACUUCCCCCUAAGAGCCUGAGCAUGCGGGAACGUCCCACCUCAGCUCGCUCUGAGAGUAUCCUGCUACGUGGCCCAUCCCACAGAGAGAACAUGUCCAGUUUGAAAAGGGCAAGCACAGAGGUAGAGUGCAUUACACCUCCUAGUCCCCUCUGCCAGGAGAGCUUUGUGUCAUUUAGUAACACUCUGCCCCGUGUGCACUCAACUGGAUUUGAAGAACCGGUGCCUCGCCGCCAUGCUGCUAUCCAUGCCUCCAUGGACUCCACACGUUCUAAGCAGCUGCUCUCACAAUGGAAGACCAAGAACGAGAACCGCAAGCUGUCUCUGCAGGUAAUGGAGGCUGAGGCUGGUCAGCUUUCUCCCCAGCGAAACAUGGAGCUCCGCUGCAGCUCUGAACCCUCAGCCAUGGGCUUAGACGGUGAGCUCCGUGGUGGACCUCCUGGGCAGUACAUGAAGCUAGCUGCUAGUGCUGUGCCAUUAGCCAAUCAUAAUAGCUCUGGUGGCCUAUCUGGUGGAGCCAGGGUAUCGAUCCAGUCACGACCAGGAUCGUCCCAACUGGUGCACAUCCCUGAGGAGACCCAAGAGAACGUGAGCUCCUCACCUCAAGAGGAUGGUGGGGAGGUGAAUGAUGGUGGGGGAGGGGGCGGAAAUGCACGGUCGAAAUGGCUGAAGGUGGCAGAGAAGAGCACCGCCUGUCGGACUAACAGCCAGCCACGUAUCAUGCAGGUCAUCGCAAUGUCUAAGCAGCAGGGCAUGUUGCACGGCAGUCCUAAAAGUGAGGGGAGCACCGUGAGUUGUACUGGAUCCAUCCGUUACAAAGCACUCAUGGAUCAGGAACCCAGCGCGGGCAUUGUUCGAGUGGAGGCCCACCCUGAGAACAAGCCUGUGGUUAAACCACCAUCUACAGAUGGCAGCGGGUCCUGGAGGUGGAAACCGCAGGAGCGAGGAAGCAUCCGGCAGUCCCUUGAGCUCAACGACCUGAAUCGGGACUCCGAAAGUUGCGAGUCAUUGAAAGAUGGCUACGGCUCCUUCGAUGGCAACCGGAGCCUACCUGACAUGAGCAACCCCCAUCAUCCCCAUUUCCACCAUCACCACCACCAACAGAGUAUCACCACCAUCCGAGUUACACCGGUGGAAGCCAGCAGUGAAGCCACCUCAGAAACUCUCUCCUCCACCUCCAGUCGAGACUCCACACUACGCAGGAAAGGCAACAUCAUCCUGCUGCCCGACAGAGGACCUAGUCCUGAUAAUGCUAGAAACCUGCCUCACUUUUUCAAACUCUCCCCUACACCUCCCCCCAUUUUGACUUUCAAGGAGUGAAAGAAACCCCUUUCCUUACCAAUCCUCUAAGAGUUGUCCUGCUCUCUGAACUCUGAAGAAUAGAGGCUCUGUUAGGGGACUGCGCAGAGCCAGUGAUUCUGGACACAUGUACUGUACAUUCCCUGACCGUUAGACACAACUGCACUCUCCAGAACACGUAAGGCAACAUUGUGCAUUUUCAAUCUACAUUCUGUAGUCCUCUUUACUAUAACAUAAGCACAAAAUAUAAAAUUUGGGGCUGUUUGGUAAAGGUGAUUGUUUGAUUUGCUUAUCUCAUUCGAAUUAGCUUUGUUAUCGAAUUAAUAAUCCAUUGUCUUAUAGGAAUUGUCUGUUGUCUCAUGGCAACGUGGGUGCUUUUAAAAACUUUGCAAAUUUAUAUAUAUUUUCUCAAUAUAAAUAUUUGUAUGUAUUAUGGACCAUUCAAUCACAUCUUUUCAUGCUUAAGGAGAAAAUGUUGCUUUUAAAUAUUUUAGCUGGGCUUUCAAUCAGACUCAUAGCUUUUAGACAAAUAGGAGAAUGUUAUUGUGAAGUUUACAGAGGGUUUUAGCAAAAAUGUAUUAACCAAAUGGAUGUUUUGUUUAGGGGGCUUAUUUAACCAUAUGUACUGUGUGUUUUAGUGACCAUGAAUGAGCAAUUUUCAUUCAAACAGCUGAAAGUGCUCUUUGCUGGCAUAGAGACAAUAAAUGUAGAGACUCAGCCUUUGGCAUCAUAAAGCAGAGGACAAUACAUACUUCAAACACUAAUGUCAUAUUGCCUUUGUGUAAUAUAAAACUUUUAUUUGGUUCCUUAGGCCAAUGAGUUCUAUUUUACUCAUACAUAUUGAUUUGCAAGCCCCCUUAUUUUGUACUCUGCUUUGAGCACAGGUAUAAUUGUUUUAUGGCCCAUUGCUGUACGUUUACAGUGAUGUAUUGUGCAUCAUUUUCUUACUUGUCCCCCCAUUUUGCCUGGCAGGAUGGGGUUAUAUAGCUACUGAGGUGUGCCCUCUUUAUUUUUAAGAGUGUGGGCAUAAACAAAUGACUCAUACUUCACUGCACAUUGCAGAGAAGCAUACACAAUAUGAGAGCAAUAGGAGGCCCCCAAAGGUACUAUGGGAAUUCAUUGCUUAUUUUUGUAAAAGUCUACAAAAUACUAAUAAUCAUAUUCAUAGAGUGCCUCAAAAAGUAUUAUAUGCCUAUUAGCUUGUGAUAACUUAGCUCCAUCUUGCAGUAACUGUACAAAAAUGUUGCUGCUGUAAUGAUUACGGUGCAGAAUUGACAGAUGUUCACUUUGCUUUUUGUGACUUUGCUUUAAAUAUCCACUGUCUGUGCCAUCAAAUGGCACUGAAGAAGGGGCACAGUCACUGCAUAAUGACAAGUGCUGCAUAAACUAAGGCGUUUUAAUAAAAUACACAAAUAGACAAUGUUAGGAUUUGUCCUGUGUGGAGUGUAUAUUUCUAAACCGUUCUAAACUAUGUAUUUGUAUUUCUAGCUCAUUGUUUACAUCCUUGUUAGGACCAUUUUGUAAUAUAUACAUAAAAAUGGCCAAAUAAGAAUGUUUGUUGAACAAGGUGUCAGAUACAUGUAGUUGAUUCAUGUACAGUGUCAUCCAUAUGAUGUUGGUUAUUUUUGUUUUAUUAAUAUUAUUAUUAUUAUUAUUAUUAUUAUUGAACUUUCAUUGAUA